AUGCUCUUGUUCUCAUCUAUAUUCCUGCUACUCUACAGGUACUGUAGACAAGGAGAAGUUCUUGAAAUUCAAUACUUUUUCAGAGGAGGAUCUGCAAGUCGAAGUGAGCCGGUACCAAUUUACCUGGACAAUCUUCUGAAUGCGGGAAGACAGGUUUAUGAUAAUCAGUCCCCACCGGUACAACAUGACAAAGGUAACUAUUGGUUUUCAUGUUUUUUACUUUUACAUAGUUGGCCCAAGUUCUUUUUCGUUUCGUGGUUUCUCCAGAACAUUGUUCCUUUAAUUCAAUUACAUUUGUAAUACACUGCUAAUCAGUUCAAUCGUAAAAGCUCACAGAAUGUUAGCACUGAAUUCUAUUUGUUUCUCUAAUCGUCAAGCACAAAAAGUUUAGUCGGGAGCAUCUGAGCUUCAGAACGGACGCCUUGUCCGAAAUAGAUCCUUAGGCGGUCAGCGACAAAGUGAAUAAGCGAGUCGCGUGCUCAACGUGACGCGAUCGUAUCAAUGUGCUUUUCCGUCGUCGAGCAUUUCGUUUCCGCACGCCGCCUCUUCUGUGUUUUCAAAUCCUCAAGACUCAUUUUCAUUUUUCGUUUAGAGGCCAACGCGGACCGAUAAGGAGGGGAGGGGGGAUACUUAUGCAAAUAUUCGAAGAUUCACGGCUUUGUGGGCAGCUCGAUGAGCAACCGGCAGCGCAAAUUGCGCUUGCUUCCGAUUUGUCAGGCGUUUUUAGUUUCUUGUCGUCUUGGACGAUCGUUUUGUGCACUUGUUAGACAGGACGCAAUUAGGGCGGAUAGCGUCCGAAAAACAGCGAAAGAAACACUGGAGCACUUCCUAGGACGAAAAAAGUUCGUAGAUUCGGAAAAGAGGGAACCGAACAAAAAGCUAUUCACAUUUUGGAACUCUGAGAGCACUUGAAACCUGCUCCAGGAAGUUCGCAGCCCCUCCGAACCAAUCCAAUUGUCCACCUUCUCUUUGCAAGCGGAGAACCUCAUUUCAGUUUUUUGCUCACUUCAAAUUCCGGCUUGAGACAAUUUGAGCAAGCAAAAUAAAUUGCACAACGUCACGGUGCCCUAAUUUCAGAUGAAGUGACGGUCGUCGAACUGGCCAUGUACAUCGAAGGAAUGUCGUCGUUCCGUACACAAACCAUGGAUUUCCAACUCGACGUCUACUUUCAGCAAUUCUGGCGGGACCCGCGUUUAGCGCACAACGAGACAAGACGGGUUCUCGUGAAAGACAAGGCAGUGUUGCACAAGAUGUGGCACCCCGAUGUUUACUUCGCAAAUGCACGAAUCGCAGAGUUCCAUGAGGUUCGAACCAUUGCGACUAGAGCCUUGUCUUCGAUUACCGCAUAUUGUGUUUUGCAGGUAACUCAACCGAACUUCCUGGUAUGGAUACAACCGGAUGGUUCGAUUCUCUAUGAUACCCGCAUCUCGAUGGUUGUAGUGUGUACUUUGAACCUGGAGAAGUGGCCGCUGGAUUCGCAACGGUGUCACUUGCGCAUUCUGAGCUGUGAGCUGGAGCAUGAAGCAUAAUCAGUUUGACGUCAUCUUCCAGAUGCCUACACCACAGAACAAUUGGUGAUCAAGUGGAAGGAGGAGGAGCCGAUCACUCGCAAUCCGAACAUUGCCAUGUCAGACAUGCACAUUGUCGACUUGUUCCCAGGUCUAUGCGACGGAAAUUACUCGACGGGUUAGUUUGGUCUUUUUGAAUAACAAUCGAAAUCCCGCCGAGCCAAAUGUGAAUAGGUAAUAGUGCGUGACUAACGGCAUUUUUGAAAGGUGCUGCUUCACAAAAUAUUCUUGAAAAGGAAGUAAAGAAGAAAAAAGAAGCCCGCCGUCAUGAACCAAUUUUGACAGACGGCGGAAGCAGAAAUCAGAAAAGCGACUCAAUUAUAAAGAGCAGAGAGUAGUGUGCCGUACUUGCAGGUACCUGGAGUUGCGUGACGGCAGAGUUCUUUGUCAAACGAGAAAUCACCCAUCAUGUCAUGCAGUCUUACGUACCAACCACGUUAAUUGUAGUCAUUUCCUGGUAAAAUUCACUAUGUUCCUAGCGGCGGCUUCAACCUUUUCGGGGGUUUAGGUUCAGUUUCUGGCUCGACGUGGAAGCAGUACCUGCCCGAGUAUCCCUCGCAAUCACCACCCUCCUGACACUCUCUACACAAGCAAAUGCAGCUCGGAUGGCACUUCCAGAAGUCAGUUACAUGAAAGCAAUCGAUGUUUGGAUGGGCGCCUGCAUGAUGUGAGUUCUUAUGCACCACACACGUGGGUGUUAAAGGUUCGGCAAGUCAAAACACAUUUGAGACAAUAGGGAAGAGAGUUGACGCGGCGGAGGGUAACCUGAUUUUGCACAACGGAAUCGCGACACAAGGGAAACGUGGAAAGAGGGUGCUAAACUAGGUUUCAGUACUUGAGAAGGUCUGGAAAAUGGGGAGAAAGAAGAAUUGUGAGUCAUUGUCACGUUCUAUUCGAUCUUUCAGGUUUGUGUUCGGAGUCAUGAUCGAGUUCACGAUUGUCAACUACGCUCAAAGACAAGGUAACGUUUUCUGCAUCCAGGCCAUUUGAGGGUCUUAUAGUCAAAUUACGGCACACCUUGUGGUAGUUUCAAGUUUCACAAUUACGGCUAGAACCUCACUAUAUCAUUUUGAAUGGUCGGAUUGUAAUGAUUCCCUGAAGGCGAGCCUAUUCCAGUGGUUAUGGAGAGUAAACUAAUCACUUAAAUUAGUAAUAUCUAGGACGAAAAUGGCACCGCACUGACGCUGAAAUUGGUAGGUGAUCAAGAGCCGAAAUGCGCAAAGAGGCCGUCAUUUUGGCAAGAAUCAUGUUGUAGCUUUAUAUCUUCUUCGAGUCACAAAAACUCUCGUCAUCAACUUAGUUCCCAGUUUUGUACAUUUAUUGUGGUGUUCUUCCAUGCCGAGUAACCGAUUAUGUUAAAGUAUGCUGAGAUCCUGAAAAUGCAUGACUUCUACCUUUUGAUGUAUCCAAUAACUUCUACAAUUGUCCGUCCACUUCUAUGCGCUCCUAUGUUCCUAAACAUUUUUAUAUCAUUUUUUAUGCUUUCGAAGUAGGACUCCUUCCCACUCAAGUCGUUAUCAAUAGUCUUUGUUCUUUUCAGUUAUGGCAUCUUCACUGGAAUCCGUUAAAAGUGGCGGAGUGGAGAAGAAAGCUUCACGUGGCGAUCUGGGUACUCACGCCAGACAACUGUUCCUCAGGCUUCGGACUAACGAGCGACAACAUUUAGUAGAGGUAUUAACUUUUCAAAUUACUCUCACAGACACAAAACAUGUUCGAUGUGCUUCGCUUACGUUCACUUCUCCACAUGUGUUCAAGGGUUCUGUCAGACACAUCUUAGGAGUCACCGUACUUUUCACUCAGUUUCACAGAGGAUUUUGUAGGAACCACAUGAACAAAUACCAAUGAAUGACACAGCUUAUGAUACGGUCAGUCAAGCGUACAGUAACAGCUUCUCUGACGAAGAGGUACGCUUCCGUGCAACUCUUCACCAAGUGCCGUGUCCUUUCCUAUUCUCCCAGUCCUGUCCUAACCCCCACCCGUGUGUUCUUUGCAUGACCUUCACCCGUCCAACGUCUUGGUACUGAUGUCUUGAUCUUACCAAUCAAAAUCAAUUUUUUCUCUUUUUUUUGGGCAUCAGAAACCGUAACCAGUUUGAAGUGAUUAUCAGCAUGUGUAUAGGGUACAGUAAGACCUUGUAAAGUUUAAGACAAUACAGGCGGCACCGGUGACUCAACCGCGGAACGAUGAGAACGAAGCACAAGAGGAAGUGUGGGCGGAACAGAAAGACACCAAUCUGAGCGAAGUCUGGAGCAACAGAGACGGAGAUACUGCCGAGAGGCUUGCUCAUUGGAACGGAAAAGAGAACGACGCCAGCUCUCCAUUAAUGGGAAACGGUCGAUCACAUGGUAUUGUGUAAUCAUAAACAACAACAUUCAGCCAAAUAGUUUCAGUGCGAUACGGAGCAGCUGACAAGCUAAGGAACAGAAAGAGCAAUGAGAGCAGCAGGAAAAAGGAUAAAUGGAGUUCUGCAAUAAAACAAAUCCAGAAGCACAAGUGCGUUCAAUUUUUCUUUAAAACAUUCUGAACCAGUUAACCCAAAAUCGAUCUAUCCAACUAACUUCUUUCAGAACUAGAAGCGGAUCUGUUAUCGGGUAAAAUAAUACCCUUCCACCCUUAGUUGAAACCAUUCAUUCCUGAGUGUAUUCCCUCCUUAAUUUUCAUUUUUUAAUGCAUUCCCUAUAGCAACUCUUCAAAUUCUGUAAAAAUUUACUGUUUUCCAGAAAAAUCGCUGGCCGCAACCGUGCAAAGAAAAUCGAUCAGACGAGCCGAUGGAUUUUCCCGCUUUCCUUUGUGAUCUUCAACCUCACCUACUGGAUUUACUACCUUUACUGGAAAGAGUAA